UCUUGACGUCAUUACUCUGCGCUGCCUGUGAGCGCGUAUGCGAGUUGCUAAUCGGCGGUGAGACGGUUCAGUCGUUUGUUCAGGAAACGGUGGUAAAGUCAUAUAGCCGUAUAUACAACAUUCUUGUAUUAUUUACGCAGUUAUGUCUUCGAACGACUUUUAUUUAAGAUAUUACGUAGGACACAAAGGGAAAUUCGGUCACGAGUUUCUGGAGUUUGAAUUCAGGCCGGACGGAAAGCUAAGAUACGCGAACAACAGUAACUACAAAAAUGACGUCAUGAUCAGGAAAGAGGCAUAUGUUCACAAGAGCGUGAUGGAAGAACUGAAGAGGAUCAUUGAUGACAGUGAAAUCACGAAGGAAGACGAUGCCCUUUGGCCGCCUCCUGACAGAGUGGGCAGACAGGAACUGGAGAUAGUCAUCGGUGACGAACAUAUCUCAUUCACAACCUCCAAAAUUGGCUCUCUGAUCGAUGUCAACCAGUCUAAGGAUCCAGAAGGCCUCAGAGUGUUCUAUUACCUGGUACAGGAUCUUAAGUGUCUCGUCUUCAGUCUCAUCGGCCUCCACUUCAAGAUCAAGCCAAUCUAAGUUUGACAGUUUCUACACAGUUCAUUUUAGUUCGUUUAACAACAUUUUGUACAGUAAUUUCUGGCUUGUUUGCAGUUUUUCUUUUUUAAAUAAAACAUUGUCAAUUCA